ACAGCAGGAGACAUUUACGUUGCCAGUCCACUCUUCCACAGCGUCAUUAGAAGAGUUGCGAGGGUUACAUCGUUCUCUCGAAGUUCAGAGGAUUUUUAGUGAGCAAUGGCGUCUCGGCGGUCCUCGUCCUCGUCGUCAGUACCAGCACCAGCACCGACUUUUUCAGUAUUGCCGGUAACGGCGAUGAGGAAUAAGAUUAUUGAAAAGAUUUUGGAGAAUCGCGUCACGUUGGUCAUCGGUGAAACCGGUUGCGGAAAGAGCUCUCAAAUCCCACAGUUCCUGCUGGAAGAAAACUUGAAGCCCAUACUUUGCACUCAACCUAGGCGAUUUGCUGUUGUAGCAGUUGCUAGAAUGGUGGCAGCAGCUCGCAACUGUGAAGUUGGGGAUGAGGUUGGCUACCACAUUGGUCAUUCAAGGGUCUUCUCUGCAAGGUCCAAGAUUGUUUUCAAAACAGCUGGAGUUUUGUUGGAUGAAAUGAGAGAAAAAGGGAUGAAUGCACUCAAGUACAAAGUUAUUAUUCUUGAUGAAGUGCAUGAAAGAUCUGUGGAGUCUGAUCUUGUUCUUGUUUGCAUAAAGCAGUUUUUACUUCAGAAGAGGGACUUAAGGGUGGUCUUGAUGUCUGCUACUGCAGAUAUUCUAAGAUAUCGUGAAUACUUCAACGAUCUCGGCAGGGGUGAACGGGUCGAAGUAUUGGCAAUCCCUAUCACUGGGAAGGAAACAUUGUUUCAAAAAAAUGUGCUGUACCUUGAACAGGUAAUUGACCUUCUUGGAUUGAACUGUGAUAACCCUUCUUUGGAAUACUGCUCUGGACCAAACCCAGAAGCAGCCGAAGCUGUUUUCAAGCCAGAAGUGCAUAAAGUCAUUCAUGAAUUAGUGUUACACAUUCAUAAUAAUGAACCUGAUAUUGAGAAGAGCAUAUUGGUCUUCCUCCCAACCUACUAUACAUUGGAGCAGCAAUGGGUUCUUCUGAAGCCUUUCAGUGAGUCUUUCGAAGUCCACAUUCUGCAUCGAAGCAUUGACACUGAACAAGCCCUUAAAGCUAUGAAAAUCUCAAAGUCCCAUCGCAAGGUUAUACUGGCCACAAAUAUAGCCGAAUCUUCUGUUACAAUACCCCAAGUAGGGUAUGUUAUAGAUUCCUGCCGCUCCUUGCAAAUUUUCUGGGAUGCCAACCGGAAAACUGACUCCGCGGAGCUCGUUUGGGUUUCUAAAUCUCAGGCUGAGCAGCGGAGAGGCAGGACUGGGCGAACUUGUGAUGGCUUUGUGUAUAGGCUGGUGACUCGCUCAUUUUAUGGUCAUUUGGAAGAUUAUGAGUCACCUGCAAUAUUAAAGUUAUCAUUAAGGAAGCAAGUACUUCUUUUAUGCUGUGCUGAAUCGAAAGCUAUCAAUGACCCAAAAGCAUUAUUGCGGAAGACCAUGGACCCUCCAGAUCGCAAUGUGGUUAAGGAUGCCAUAAAUUUGUUGGUCAGUAUGAAUGCACUGGAGCAGACAUCUAUUCGAGGCCGCCAUGAGCCUACAUUUUAUGGGCGCUUGCUCUCCAGCUUCUCUCUCUCAUUUGAUGCUUCCGUACUUCUCCUUAAGUUUGGUGACCUAGGAAUGCUGCGCGAAGGCAUCAUACUGGGUAUACUCUUCGAUCUACAGCCAUUGCCUAUAUUGCGUCCUUUUGGUCAAGACAACUUGUACUUGGAGUACACUAAUGCUUAUUGUAGCUGGGAUAAUAAUCUUGGGCUAGGGAGAAAGGAGGUUUUAUACAUGAGUAACUUCUCUUCAUUUCAGUUUUGGCAACGUGCUUUCAAGGACAAGGGCAGACUCCAACAGCUCGAAAACAUCAUCAAGUAUGAUGGAAUUCAAGAUAACACAUUCUUGCUUCCAGAGAUUGAGGAGGAAUGGUGUUGUUCUCAUCACCUUGUACUGCCAGCACUUCAGCAAGUUAUUGAGACAUAUGAUGAGAUCCUGAGUGUCAUGCAUCGUUUUCGACCCAAAUCAUUGGUUAUGUCCAACGCUGCUCCGAUUCGAUAUGCUCCAUCAAGCUUUUUGCAUAUAUGCUUCCUUACAUGUGUAAAGGGUGAGGAAGCUGUUACAUGCGGUGCUCUACCCUAUGUUCAUCUCAAUGACUUUCGCACUAAUGAGGUAGCGAAAAACUUGGCAUCCAUAGUUAAACAGAUGAGAAGUCAGAUUACAGAGGCUAUGCCAAGACAAGAGAACAUAUCCCUUAUUGAUUAUAGAAAUCAAGCAGCAGAGAGUGUAGAAAUGUGUAGAUAUUUUGUCAGUGGUUUCUGCAAGAGAGGUAGUGAAUGCUUCUUUUCUCAUUCAACUGAGGCAAAGAGACCUGUCUGUAAAUUCUUUUUCUCGUUACAGGGAUGUCGCAAUGGAGCUUCCUGUGUGUUUUCUCAUGAUUCUGAUUCAUUACCUCUAUCAGACAAUGGAUCAAGUUUGUCUCUCCCAGAAGAUCAAGUACCUAAUGCGCAAUCUCUCCUCCGAUUAUUUCCAUCCGAUGCUUCACAAGGAUGUGUGCUGAUCCUGGAUGACCAUGACCUUCAUUUCUCCAAAUAUCUGCAUCAAAAAUGUGAUCGAACCUGUAUAGUUUCUACUGUUUCUGCAGCAGAUGUUGCCAUUGAUCCUGCACUGACAAACGUAAAAGUACUGUCAGGACUUAGCCAUCCCGAUCAGACAAUUAUGUCUAGGGAAGAAAAUGCAGUUCCGUGGAACGACGUCAGAUGCAUUUUAUGGUUUCCUAGAUUUGGUUCUGAAUAUGAAGAACAACACUGUCUGUUGAAGACCACCUUCAGUUAUCUAGCCAUUCGGAUGAUGGUUGAUGUGACCCAGACUUCGCGACUUAUCCUGACUAUGACCAACACUCGAUUUUCCCAACUCCAGGUGGAAAAAAUUGCCAGCCAAAGUUUUUUCUCUCUUGCAUCAUCAUUCCCAUUCGAUGAAUUAAGCUUUGGACCAUUGUUGGACGAGGUGAGUGUGAGAAAUCCGAUGCUGGUAUCAAAGCCCAUUUGCUAUGUUUUCCAGCUGCUUCCUCCAAAGUUUCCUGAGGUAGCAGAAGCCAAGAAAUCAUUCAGGCAGUAUCUUCAUCCUCUGUAGCUGUGAGCGUGAGUGAAGGCUACAUGCAGUCAGUUUAUGCAGAAUAUUAUGAAUGUUUUGCUGAUAUAUAUUAAUAUAUAAUAUAUAGGUCCUGAACUACAGUCGCAUCAAAAAAUUGUUAGUUGUAUGAGUCAUUUAAAGGAAACUGUUAAUUAUAAUAUUAAUAGUGACGUUGAAUUAUUACUCACUUUGGGAAAUUUAUGUGGUUUUG